CCGUCUUUCACUGUCCCUCACUGUCCCUCACCGUCCCUCACCGUCCCUCACCGUCUUUCACUGUCCCUCACCGUCUUUCACUGUCCCUCACUGUCCCUCACUGUCCCUCACCGUCCCUCACCGUCCCUCACCGUCUUUCACUGUCCCUCACUGUCCCUCACUGUCCCUCACUGUCCCUCACCGUCUUUCACUGUCCCUCACCGUCUUUCACUGUCCCUCACUGUCCCUCACUGUCCCUCACCGUCCCUCACCGUCCCUCAGUUCUUCAGAUCAUUUUUUUUUGUUGUUUUUUUAGUUUCCUCAUUUGUUCAUUUUUAUUAUUUGUUGAUUUGUUUGACUCGUUUUUCGUUUUUUUCGUGCUCAUUUCUGGCUCAUUUCGUGUUUAGUGCUCUUGUUCCUCCCAUGUUUGUUUGAAGAAAUCGGGCCGGCUUUAAAGGGUUAAUCAGCUGCAGAUGGUCUCGUGUUAUUGAUUAGCUUUAAUUAUUUGCUGAAAACUGUCAAACUUUCCUGUCUGUUUAGUUCGAACCGUCGUCUCUUUGUUUUAUUCUCUGAUAGAUAUUAUUUUGACGUUAUUGAUCGAUCAGCGGCGGUUGUGGUUGAUUGAUGAGCGGGUGAUCGAGUGAACGGAGCGAUGGAUUGAUGACGGAUGUUAUUUAUCGAUCAGGUGCAGCAGGAGGGGAAGAAGGAGGCGUCGGUGUCGGACAGCUCCAGCCAGAACUACACGGUGGGUUUGGUCGCCGUGGUGAUCAGCUGCCUGUCGUCGGGCUUCGCCGGCGUGUACUUUGAGAAGAUCCUGAAGGGGAGCUCGGCGUCCGUCUGGGUGAGGAACGUGCAGCUGGGGAUCUUCGGCACGGCGCUCGGCAUGCUGGGACUGUGGUGGAACGACGGCGCCGCCAUCGCCGAGCGCGGCUUCCUGUUCGGCUACACGGGCAUGGUGUGGUGCGUCAUCUUCAACCAGGCGUUCGGCGGGCUGCUGGUGGCGGUGGUGGUGAAAUACGCCGACAACAUCCUGAAGGGCUUCGCCACGUCCUUCUCCAUCAUCGUGUCCACCGUGCUGUCCGUCUACCUGUUCGGCUUCCACGUCGACCUGCUCUUCACGGCGGGGGGGGGGCUCGUCAUUGGCGCCGUCUACAUGUACAGCCUCCCCAAAGCGUCCGGCGGCUCCUCGUCCCCGAGCUCCUCCUCGUCUUCUUCGGCGUCUGCGGCGUCGCCGAGGACGAACGGAGGCGCCGAGUUGGAGAUGGAGGCGUUUCUGCCAAAGUCAGUGCUGGUGAAGUGACUCCCCCUCUCUCCCCCUCUCUCCUCCUCCUCACCUCUUCCUCCUGUAAACCUCCUCUCAAAGCCCUCACCCUCUCCUAACUCUCUGACCUCCUCAUAACAUCCCGACCUCCUCCUGACCUCCUCUUUACUCCUCCCUGAUUUCAUGACAGGGUUUGAACGGUCAUGAAAAUCCUGGAAAAGUCAUGGAAUUUGCAAACAGCAAUAGAAAGUUUUGGGGAAACUAAAUGUGCCCUGAAAGUUUUGAAUCACGCAGGAUGUGAAUUCUUUCAGUCGUGACAGUUUCUGAUGAAAAAACACAAAAAUCAAAAAUCAGACAAAGAGAUUCUUUAAAAAUCAAACAUUUGGAAGAAAAAAGUUACAAAGAUAUUUUUCCAUAAUCAGAAAGAUCCAGUCAGGGGUUAAAAACACGUACGAGCCCUGUCAGGACCUCCGGACCGCUCUCCUCCCUCUGACCUCCUCUUCACCUCCUGCUGCUCUGACCAAAGGAGGACAGGAUCUCCUCUUGAGCUUCUCCUUCCUCCCACCCCCAUGUCUCCUCCCCACGUCCUCCUUACUCCUCUGUCUCCUCCUCACCUCCUCCUGAGAGCAGCUGAAGACUCUGUCGUCGGUGGAGAAAAAGAGGAGAUUGACUUAUUUCCUCCUCUUCUUUUUAAAACUUCUCUCCUCCCUCCGUCACACGCUCCUCAACUCCAAACAAACGCCUCCUCACCUCUUUUUUCCUCCUGUAAGGAAAAGGAGCAAAGAGGAGUCAACUAACUUUCCUGCUUUCCUGCUCCUCUGCUGUCACUCUGAAUGCCUCCUGCUAACUCGAGGAGGAGUUGAGGGAGGAGGGCUCCUAACGCCUCGUUUUAACUCUGCGUCUCCUCUCAGCUCCUGCUGUCUCCUCUCUAAACACUAACCUCUCCUCUCUCGUCUGCGUCCUCCUCAGAGCUCAGGGAGGCAUCGCGUCUCCUCCUCCUGCCGUCCGCAUCACAGACUAACUGCUCCAAGCACAACAGGAGCAGGAGGAGCAGGAGGAGCAGGAGGAGCAGGAGGAGUCUUU